AUGUCUGCUCCAACAGCGCUUCGUCAGCCUGAAGCUCCAGAAUGGCAACCUGCACAAAUUCCUGUUCGUGAUUCUAUUUCCACUCGCUUACCCUCAACAGACCAGGACGAUGAAGUUUUGAUUGACGCACAGGCUGAGCCAAAUGUCUUGAAUCCUGUGAUGGAUUCGGCCGAAGACAAUGAGAUGCGCAUCGAUGAAGAGGGUCGCCCAGUCUUUACCCCGGCGCAAGAGACCAACACCGCAUAUCGUAUUGAGACUCGAAAGGUCCCUGUACCACCGCACCGGAUGACACCACUCAAAGCCAACUGGGUUAAGAUCUGUCCUCCUAUUGUUGAGCACCUCAAGUUGCAAGUUCGGAUGAAUGUGAAGAGUCGGUCAGUAGAACUGCGGACCUCCAAGUUUACCACCGAUGUGGGAGCGCUCCAAAAAGGUGCCGAUUUCGUCAAGGCAUUCACUCUCGGCUUUGAUAUCGAUGAUGCUAUUGCUCUUCUACGGCUGGAUGAUCUUUAUAUCGAAACCUUUGAAAUUAAGGAUGUGAAGACCCUUAACGGAGAACAUCUUGGUCGUGCUAUUGGACGUAUUGCGGGCAAGGACGGAAAGACCAAGUUCGCUAUCGAGAACGCCAGUCGGACUCGAGUUGUGCUUGCUGACUCAAAGAUUCACAUUCUGGGUGGAUUUAAAAAUAUCCACAUUGCUCGCGAGGCUAUUGUUAGCCUUAUCUUGGGUAGUCCUCCAGGCAAGGUCUAUGGCAACCUUCGGACAGUUGCUUCACGAAUGAAGGAACGCUUCUGA